UUUAACUUCCACUGCUACUGAUUCAUCUCUUUCGCCCAUCACAUUGUUGUUUAAACUACAGCUUCCUAUUUAAAUUCCUUAUACAAUUGUCUUCUAUCAAAAAUUAUGAUGCAGUUGGGUGGUACACCUAUUUUAGUUCUUAGUCAAGACACUACAAGGGAAUCUGGACGUAAAGUUCAAGUCCAAAAUAUACAGGCCGCAAAAGCCGUGUCAGAUGUCAUCCGCACGUGCCUUGGCCCCAGAGCUAUGUUAAAAAUGCUUCUGGAUCCCAUGGGAGGUGUUGUUAUGACAAAUGAUGGAAAUGCAAUUUUACGAGAAAUAACUGCUCAGCAUCCAGCUGCAAAGACUAUGAUCGAGAUCAGCCGUACACAAGAUGAAGAAGUUGGCGAUGGCACUACAUCUGUCAUUGUACUUGCCGGUGAGUUGCUGCAUAAGUCACUCCCAUUUUUAGAACAAAAUACUCAUCCUACCGUGAUCAUCAAUGCAUAUCGACAAGCUCUUGAUGAUGCUAUAAGUCUCCUACACUCAGAAGUCUCAACCCCUGUAGAUGUUGAUAACGCUGAUGAGAUGUUGAAAAUCAUUAAUGGAUGCUUGAGAACAAAGCCAAUGGGUUCCUGGAAUGACAAAGCAUGCCAGAUUGCACUUGAUGCUGUCAGGACUGUUCAAAUGGAAGUUAAUGGCCGUACUGAAAUAGAUAUCAAGCGUUAUGCAAAAGUUGAGAAGAUUCCUGGUGGAACUAUUGAAGAUUCUAAAGUAUUAAAUGGAGUUAUGCUGAAUAAAGAUGUCACACACUCAAAAAUGCGCCGGUUCAUUAAAAAUCCACGAAUCAUGCUGCUGGACUGUAAUUUAGAAUACAAGAAAGGUGAAAGCCAAACUGAAAUUGAAAUUUCAAAGGAGGAAGACUUCACUAAAAUUUUGCAAUUGGAAGAAAAGUACAUACAAGAUAUGUGUGCAGAAAUAAUCAAGUUCAAGCCUGAUGUUCUCUUUACAGAGAAGGGCGUGAGUGAUCUUGCUCAGCACUACUUAGUCAAGGCUAACAUCACUGCAGUGCGUAGAGUCCGCAAGACUGAUAAUAAUCGAAUCGCCAGAGCCUGUGGUGCUACAGUCGUUAAUAGAGUUGACGAAUUGAAAGAGGAGGAUAUUGGCACCAAAGCUGGUCUGUUCAAGAUCGAAAAAAUUGGAGAUGAAUAUUUCUGUUUUGUAGUGGAAUGUGAAAAUCCUAAAGCUUGCACUAUUCUCUUACGUGGUGCUAGUAAAGAUAUUCUUGCCGGGAUCGAACGUAGUCUUCAAGAUGCCAUGUGCGUUGCUCGUAACGUUGUUUUGGAUCCUUACUUGGUGCCUGGAGGCGGUGCUGUAGAGAUGGCCAUAGGUCAACGAUUAAUGGAAAAAUCUAAGAGCAUCACUGGAAUUGAUCAGUGGCCCUACAGAGCUGUGGCCGCUGCCCUUGAAGUUAUUCCUCGUACCCUCAUUCAAAAUUGUGGUGGAGAUGUUAUUCGUUCAUUAACAGCUCUACGUGCUAAGCAUGCUACAUCUGGAAAUAUAAAUUGGGGUAUUGACGGAGGAACUGGUCAGCUAGUUGAUAUGAAGGUAUAUGGUGUCUGGGAACCUUUAGCUGUUAAAUUGCAGGUUUAUAAAACCGCUGUAGAGACUGCUAUCAUGUUAUUAAGAAUCGACGAUAUUCUAUCCGGUAUCAAAAAGAAGGAAGAUAAUCCACAGAUUAACCCCAGCAUGGAGCCAUCCGAGGAAUCUAUGAAGGAAUAAAUUGUUUUGUUCAAGUUUUCUUUUUAACAUCAUCUAUUUCCAACUUCUUUUGUAUCACCUUCCAUUUUAUUUUUCUUAUUAUUUAUACAGAAAAGUUGCUAAUGUGUUUACACAUUUACUGUGAUUCGUUGCUCACGCAUUUUUAAGACUAACAUAAUGUGAACUUAAAAUGGCUAAUGUAUUCAGAAUCAUGCUGCAACUAAUGUUCAACAAAGUUGACUAAUGAUUUUGGGUGGAUUUUCAUUUAACAAGCAAGAUCUAUUGCUUUAUAUUUUGCUAAAAUAGCUAUAUAAAAUAAAGUUACUUAAUUAUA